UACAAUUGAUUAUUAGAGUUCAGUUGGACUUGAGGGGAUGACGGAGCUCAUGAGAAGGUCCCUUCCUCUUAUGACCUACAGCUCCCUCUGUCUGCCAGAGAACAUCACUGCACGAGGACUUGAGUCAAUCCCCAACUGCUACUACAGAGAUGAUGGAUUGAAGCUGUGGUACAUCAUCAACAGCUUCGUGAGAGCAGUAGUGGAGUACUACUAUCCCUCAGAYGCUGACGUCUGUAAAGACACAGAGCUGCAGGAUUGGAUCAGUGAGAUAUUCACCCACGGCCUCUUGAGAAACAAAGCCUCAGGAUUCCCAGACUGCUUUCAUUGCACUGAAGAAUUGAUCAGAUUCAUCACCAUGRUCAUCUUCACAGUGUCAGUUCAACACGCAGCGGUCAAUAAUGGACAGUUUGACUACUACUACUGGGCGCCAAAUGGCACASKGCUGCUGCACAAACCYCCUCCGACCACCAAGGGGCAGUCAAGCAUGGAGAMAAUUUUGGAGGCCCUCCCGACAGUUGGAGAGACUGCCUCCAUKUCAGCCAUGACAUAUUUACUUUCAAAGAAAUACAGUAGUGCUGUUCCUUUGGGUCAAUAUCCUGACAAACGAUUCGACGAGCCUGCACUUACGCAGAUGAUUCAGGAGUUUCAAGGGGAGUUGUCCUACCUCGGUGAAGAAAUCACAGAGAGAAACUCGCAGCUUGAAUUGCCCUAUGCAUAUCUGCACCCAUCUCACAUUGAGAACAGCGUGGCUAAUUGAGAAUUGUAUUUCGUGCUGGGAAUUUGUUUUUGUUGUGGGAAGGUGUUGCAUGAUGGGAUACGUAUAUUUUAGUUGACAUGUGAGCCUGUGGUGUAUUGGUGCAGCAACAACUUAAUGGAUGGACAUAUGAAAUAAAAGCUUAAACAUUACUCUGACAUUAUUAAAUGAAAAAAUAAAUACAAAUUUGUUUCUUAA